AUGAUUGCUUUACGGGAAUUGCUGAAGCAGUGUGGUAUUGGAAAACGUGAGCAGUAUGUUCUCUGUGAUGAACCUGCAAUGGAAGAGAGCGAAUUAUGCGAUGUGAGCGGUCAUCGAGCACUUAUAUUUUGUCAGAGGCUGGUUGUGGUACAAUUGCUUGCAAGACUAUUUGAUUCUGGAGGUCUUGGCAUGGAUAUCAGAUAUGCGAUCCUAGAUGGAACCGUACCAGUCAACGAAAGGUUUGCGAUGGCUGAAAAGUUCAAUCUGGAUCCCAGCAUACAUGUUCUGAUACUCACAACAAAUAUAGGCGGUGAAGGACUUAAUUUAACUGGAGCUGACAUUGUGAUUUUCAUGGAGCACGACUGGAACCCAGUGAAAGAUUUACAAGCGAUGGAUCGUGCCCAUCGCAUUGGACAGAAGUGUACUGUAAACGUUUACAGGCUUAUCACAGAGGAUUCUGUCGAACAAAACAUCGUUCGACUGCAGAAGUUCAAGACAGAUACAGCUAAAGCACUAGUUGGUGCCGAUAAUCGCUCGCUGCAUACAAUGGCUACGGAACAACUUGUGGAAUUGUUCACUAUGGAU